AUGGUCAAUUCGCCCUCCAUCGACGAUGACAGCACGCUACGCACCAGCAGCAUUCUCGUGCUCGCCGCCCGCGUAGUCGUCACGGCAUACUACUGGUUGCAAUGCGUGGUACUACUAUUGUUCUACCACGAGAUGCUCAACCACAUUCCCUGGAUCCACCAUGUCAUCAAAGUUUGCUGGGUUGUGAUUGGAACAACCUUUCUGGCCGUCAUCCUGGCCACCUUUCUCGAAUGUCGACCAAUCAAUCAUUACUGGACCACGAGCCUGGAGGGUCCCCAUCAGUGCAGGCGCGCAUAUGUCCAGAUCCUUCUGCAAUGCGUUUCGAAUCUUGUCAUCGACGGCUUGUUGCUCCUGAUCGCAACACCGAUACUCAAGGCGCAAGCAAAAGUCUUCCCACGCAAUCUGCAGCUUGGCUUCCUCUAUAUACUCGGAACAUUCUCGAUCAUCCUGAUUGCGCUCAAGAUUCAUUUCAUAUUCAAGGAUGGCUCGGUACAACAUGCACGAAGUUUCUGGGCAUCAGUGCAGGUCGUUGUGUGCACAUUCGUCGCAAAUGCGCCAUCAAUUUAUGGAGCAGUCAAAAACGUAAAGCGACGACGAUCCAGCGUCAUGUCGCUCGCCAGGAUUCGAACAAACGAGAGCAAUUACUUCGAGAUGCCAGGACCCCCACCAAAGCCCCCAGUCCUCAAGAUUCCAAAGUGGGCUGACGACACGAGGUCCAAGUCGGCCUCGCCACGCAUCGGGGAGCCUUGA